GCCGGCCCGGACGGCUUCCCCGGGCUGGCCGGCCGGCCCGGCGAGCCCGGCCUGCCGGGGUUGGACGGCCUGCCGGGCGGGUUGGGAGAGCCGGGCCUGCCCGGCCUGCGCGGCCCGCCCGGCUGGCGGCCGGGCCCGCCCGGGCCCACCGGCGACCCCGGCGGCCGCGGCCCGCCCGGGCCCUACGGCCCGCCGGGAGGCCGGGGCCCUCCUGGCGACGACGCGCCGCAGACCGGGCCGCCGCCGCCCUCGCGCGGCUUCUUCUUCACGCGGCACAGCCAGUCGACGUACGUGCCGCAGUGUCCGCCCGGCACCAGCCAGCUGUGGCAGGGCUACUCGCUGCUGCACGUCACUGGGAAUGCCAAGGCUCACGGCGCCGACCUCGGUACGCCAGGCUCCUGCCUGCUCAAGUUCACCACCAUGCCGUACGUCUUCUGCAGCGGCAACGAGAAGUGCGAGUAUGCCCAGCGUAACGACUACAGCUAUUGGCUAAACACGCCGGAGCCGAUGCCGGUGAUGAUGACACCGAUUACGGGGGUUAACAUCCAGCGGUACAUCUCACGCUGUUCUGUGUGUGAAGCACCAACAAGAGCCAUAGCCAUCCACAGCCAGGACGUGGCCAUACCGGAGUGUCCAGCCAACUGGGAAACCAUGUGGACCGGCUACUCCUUCCUCAUGCACACGGACGCGGGCGCCGAGGGCGGCGGCCAGUCGCUCGUCUCUCCCGGCUCCUGCCUGGAGGACUUCCGGCCGACGCCCUUCAUCGAAUGCCACGGCCACGGCCGCUGCAACUUCUUCACCACCGCCUACUCCUUCUGGCUGACCACCAUCGCCGAGUACGCACAGUUCCGCCAGCCGCAGCAGCAGACGCUGAAGGCGGGCAACUUGCGAACACGCGUCUCGCGCUGCGUCGUCUGCCGCCGUCGCUACCGACUGCCGCCGCCGCCGCCGCCGCCGCCCUCGUGGCAGUUCGAGCUGCCGUUCUAUGGGCGGUCCGCACGACACGCACCCGGCAACAGCACGGCGCCGGCCGCCUAG